AUGGACAAAGCAAAGAAGGUGAUACCUCAAAGAAGAGAGGCAAAUGAUGAGAAAGAGGUCAAUGAAAGCGAUGAGGAGGUGGUUGAAGUUGAAAGGCCACAAGUUGAAGCAAGAACAACCAACCAAGUUCCUCCCCUAUUUCCUCAAUGUUUCUAUAAAAAAGAGGAGAAUGACACAUUGAGGAAGCUCAUGGCCAAAUUUAGCAACCUAUCAAUAAUAAUCCCGUUGCUUGAAGCUAUCCAAGAGAUCCCGGGAUAUGCUAAGUUGAUGUCCAAGAAUAAACUUGUUAAAGGUAAUACUAUUAAGGUCACUCGUGGAUGUAGCACUUUUAUGGAUAGCAAGGUUGUGGAAAACAAUGCUGACCCCGGAGCAUUCACUAUUCCUUGCACAAGUGAGAUGCAUGAAUUUGUAAAAGCUUUAUCUGACCUUGUGGACAAGUUCAUUCUCCCUGCGAAUUUUAUGGUAUUGGAUAAUGAAAUGGACCAAGAGGUUCCUAUCAUUCCUGGUCAUCCUUUCUUAGCCACCGGGAGAGACAUUGUUGAUCUAGAGUUGGGGGAGAUGGAAUUUAGAGUGAUAGAGGAUGAGGUCUCUUUCAAAAUCUGCAAUUCAAAGAAGCAAACCGCGUUGUUGCAAGUAGUACCCAUGGUGGAUGUUGAAAAUGAGAACAUGAAUAAAGAGGAUUUCGAGGACCUACCUUAA